CACUGACACACUCUGCCAAGUUCUACCUGUACUGGCUUCACUUUUGAAGUCAGAUGUUUGGCUACUCUGUCAAAAGGGAGUCAUGCCAGCUGGAGGUAUACUGCUCCCAGGACCCCUGGUAGACAGGACAGAGUUGAGGCCACUACUGUUGAGACCCUGAACCCUGGAUUUGCGUCUUUCCAGGAGGGCCUCCUCCAGCAAUGACCUCCUCCUGGUUCCUGGCCUUUUUCUUCCUGACUCCAGCCAUAGUAGUCACCCUCAAAGCUAGUGGUCCAUGUCCAGCAUGUUGGGGGGCCACCUUGGACUUGGAGAGCCAGCGGGAACUGCUUCUUGACUUGGCCAAGAGAAGGAUCCUGGACAAGCUGCACCUCAACGAGCGCCCCACACUGAGCCAGCCUGUUUCCAGAACUGUUCUGAAGACCGCACUGCAGCGCCUCCAUGGGUCCCCACAGGGAGCCACUCUGAAGGAUGACCAAGAACAAGAAUAUGAGAUCAUCAGCUUUGCAGAGACAGGCUUCUCCAGCAUCAACAACACUCGUCUCGAUUUCCACUUCUCUGAUAAAACCACUGGUGGCAUGGAGAUCCAGCAGGCUCGCCUCAUGUUCUUUGUGCAACUCCCUCCCAAUACCACCCAGACCAUAAAUGUGAGAGUUCUUGUGCUAAGACCAUAUGAUACCAACCUCACGUUGACAACUCAGCACCUGCUGGAGGUGGAUGCCAGUGGCUGGCAUCAAGUUCUCCUGGGACCUGAAGCUCAGGCUGCUAGCAGUUGGGGGCACCUUACCCUGGAGCUGGUACCUGAAAGCCAGGAGGCCCAGAGUUCAGUCAUCCUAGGUGGGGUUGCCCACAGGCCUUUUGUGGCAGCCCAGGUACGAGCUGGGGGCAAGCACAGGGUUCGCCGACGAGGCAUCGACUGCCAGGGAGGGUCCAGCAUGUGCUGUCGACAAGAGUUCUUUGUAGACUUCCGUGAAAUUGGUUGGCAUGACUGGAUCAUCCAGCCCGAAGGCUAUGCUAUGAACUUCUGUACAGGGCAGUGCCCGCUACAUGUGGCAGGCAUGCCUGGCAUUGCUGCGUCAUUUCACACUGCAGUGCUCAAUCUGCUCAAAGCCAACACAGCUGCUGGCACCACUGAAGGAGGCUCAUGCUGUGUGCCCACAGCGCGACGCCCCCUGUCUUUGCUUUACUAUGACAGGGACAGCAAUAUUGUCAAGACAGACAUACCUGACAUGGUGGUAGAGGCCUGUGGGUGCAGUUAAUGGUGUAGGCAGUCCAAAAUAGAGUGGACAAAUGUGUCCUUUGGAGAUGCCCUUCUUCACGAAGAGGGAGUUGUCAUAUUCCUGCCUCUAGAAUGUGAAUUCCUUCUUCUUAAACAGACAGAUUAUCCCACCUUUGACUCUAGGAGAGCUACAUCUAAAGAGAGUCACUGUACCAUCUUCAUGACCACAUCUUCUCUCCUGGGGCAUAGCCUCCAGUUUUCUCUAUCGUCUCCCAUUGAAGGCUGACUCACCUGAGCCGUAUCACCUGAGCCCUCCUUCCCUCUAGCAAGGGAAGACCUAGGUUGGAGACUAAUGAGUAGGAAGAUACAGAGGUCAGAAUAUUUCAGUCAAGCAAAGUGUCUCAUACUUAUAAUCCCAGCACCCAAGAGGCUGAGGCAGGUGGAUCUCUGUGAGUUCAAGACCAGCCUGGUCUAUA